AUGACCAAACCCAUCCUGGUAAAAAACACUAAAGAAAUGAUAACAUACUUGGACUUUCCUGAAUGCAUUAAACUAGCCGAUUUGGGCUGUUCGUCGGGACAAAACACGUUCAUGGUCAUGUCUGAUAUCGUUAACACAAUCAAUGCAUUAUGUGAAGAAAGGAACAAAAACCCUCCAGAGAUAGAUUGUUGUCUGAACGAUCUCCCUGGUAAUGAUUUCAAUACGACGUUCAAGUUCAUAACGUUCUUCAAAGAUAUGCUCACAAGCAAAAUACCAUGCUUUGUCUCUGGAGUACCUGGUUCCUUUUACACAAGGCUCUUUCCUCGUAAGAGUCUCCAUUUCAUUCAUUCAAAUUACAGUCUUCAUUACCUCUCUAAGGUUCCUGACGGACUGGAUAAGAACAAGACGAGUGUGUACAUAACAGGUUCAAGUCCUAUAAUUGAACACAAGACUUAUUUGAAUCAAUUUCAAAAAGAUUUUACGACAUUUCUAAGAAUGCGUUCUGAAGAAAUGGUAUCUAGUGGACGCAUGGUUCUCACAUUAAUAGGUAGAAAGACUCUUGAUGAUCCAUUGUAUAGAGAUUGCUGUCAUUUUUGGACGUUGUUAUCCCAAUCUCUCAGUGACCUAGUUUUCGAGGGUCUUGUGAGUGCAUCAAAGGUGAAUUCGUUUAAUGUGCCGUUUUAUGAUCCGAACGAAGAAGAAAUGAGAGAAAUUAUAAGAAACGAGGGUUCAUUCAUGAUAAACGACUUGGAGACACAUGUAUUUGAUCUCGGCGACAGUAACGAAGAUCAUGGCGUGCAAUCAGAUAGAGGUAAAGCAGGGGAGAAAGAAGCUAAGUGCAUAAGAGCAGUGACUGAAACGAUGCUUAUAGCUCACUUUGGAGAUUCCAUUAAUAUGGAUACAUUGUUUGAAAAAUAUGCAAAUCAUGUGUCGCAGCAUGCUAACUGCAGGAACAAAACAUCUGUUAGUCUAGUUGUUUCAUUAAUCCGGAAAUAA